AAAUCGAUGAUCGAGUGAAUCGCCGGCGCCUCCCAUAGGACUUCAUCUAUUUACAAUGGCAGACAAACAAAAUGCUCAGAAAAGUGUCAAAAUAGCCGCUGGAGCCGUAGUUUGUGUUGAAAGUGAAAUCAAAGGAGAUGUCACCAUAGGCCCCAGAACAGUGGUCCACCCAAAAGCUCGUAUUAUUGCAGAAGCAGGACCAAUAGUGAUUGGAGAGGGGAAUUUGAUCGAGGAGCAAGCUCUGAUUAUCAAUAGUUACCCAGAAAACAUCACCCCAGAUUCUGAAGUGGAACCAAAGACAAUGACCAUUGGCAUCAACAAUGUAUUUGAAGUUGGCUGUGUAUCACAAGCCCUGAAGAUUGGGGACAACAAUGUGAUAGAAUCUAAAGCUGACGUUGGCAGGAAUGUGAUCCUCACCAGUGGCUGUAUCAUUGGAGCCUUCUGUCAGGUCAACACCUGUGAGGUCAUACCUGAGAACACGGUCAUCUAUGGCUCUGGGUGUAUGAGACGGGUUCAGACAGAGAGACCACAGCCCCAGACUCUUCAGCUCGACUUUCUGAUGAAGAUUUUGCCAAACUACCACCAUUUAAAGAAAACAAUCAAAGCAGGCCACACUACUAGCUAAAAUUUAGCUUCAUAGUUUCUAAGUUGAAUUAUUAAUGGCUUGCAAACCCAUAUGUAAUUAGAUCUCGUUGGAGGGAAGCAUGAAUGUAUAUAAUUAUAUAAUACCUUGCUUCAGUAAUUUUUCUCACUUACUGAUUACUAUUUGCUACUCUUAACAGCAACAGAUGAUUAAGCAUUUCAUCUUUCU